AUGCUUGCGAAGAGAUACAGGGUUCUCAUUAUUUUUAUUCUCUUUACGCUUAACAAUGGUUUUGCUUGGCUCAUGUUUGAUCCUGUGGCGGCUCGUCUAGAGAGGAAUAUAAAGGGGUUAACGGUGGGUCAGCUGCAAGUUCUCUCUUCUUGGCAACCGCUGAUGUUUCUUUUGAUGUUCCUUCCCAUGAUGAAAAUGGUGCUACAGCCGGAUGGACUACGAAAGGCGGUGUGUCUUGGUGUCACAUGUGAGCUCAUUGGAGCAGCAUGUAAAACAAUCGGCUCCCUUGCCCGAAGGUCAUAUGCGGGUUUGGUGUUUCUUCACGUGGGGCAGAUUUUUAGUGGCGUAGGGUCUCCUGUGGCGACAGGAUGUGUCUCAGCCCUCUCCGCUGUUUGGUUUAGCCCAGCUGAGAGAACGAGGGCCACUGCUGCCGCGGUACUUUCAAAUAGUGUGGGAAAUGCGCUUGCCUACGUACUUGUUCCAGCCAUUACGGAGUCUUCGUCUUUUGUAUGCGUUAGUGUUUAUGAGAUGGUGAUGGCCGCUGUUGCAGCCAUUCUUGUAUGGUUUUGUUUUCCUUCGCAUAAGACUUCCGUUGUGACGGGAGGGAUCGUCGAGCCAAGCCCAACUGACGGUGACCCCAGCAAUGAAAGGUCCCUCCGGAGCCAGCUUCGUCAGAUGCUUGGUACACCCUCAGUUGUCUUUCUCCUAAUCAUAUAUUCAUGGUCUAGUGGAGGCUUCUCUGCGUGGAUCUCCCUGUUUGACGAAACAUACAACAGAUUUUUUUUGGAGGGCGUUAUUGGCAUUAUGAGCUUUGCUGGCAUGGUAGCAUACGUCGUCGGCGGUUUGGUUUCAUCGUGGCUAACAGACCUUUACUUCAGUCGACAGAUGAAGUAUGUGAUUUUCCUUUGCAUCACCUGCAAUUCUGUGAGCAACAUCUUGUUUAUAGCCUCCGCCCCUAACAAUGACGGAUACUCGCUGUAUCCGCCUGGAAGAGCAUGGAUUAGCGCGGUCACGGCAUUGUGUGGGUUUUGGAAUGGAGCCGCCGCCCCAUUGUUUUAUGAACUGGUCGCCGAAAUUUCGUAUCCGGUGGAUGAGGGUGUGAGCGGGGUCGCUGUUUCUGUUUGUGAGAAUCUCGGGGCGCUGUUUUUCUACCAGGUUGUUUCGCGGUUUUACACCGGGGAGUCCAUGAGCGUCGCGUACUCCAUUGGUAUGACUGUUGCAGUAGCCCUUUCAGCCGCGGUGCGACAGAGGUACAACAGAUCUUACCACGCUUAUCUGAAGUCGUCUCAACAAGCUGCUUCUGUGACUGUCAUGGAAACAGAUGCGCAUGUUGCAUAA